UUGUGCGGCCUGAGGGGCGCGGGGAGUCAGGGGGAGGGAGACGGCAGCAGCAUGGCGGCGGGGUAUGAGCCGCCCAACCCUCUUCCCCGCUGUCGCCGUCGCCGUCGGAGUCGCUGGGACCCUUUAAUCUGCGUGUGUUAGUUGUAAGCCCGCUGCCCGCCAGUCAGCCGUCCGGCCCACCCACCCUCCUCCCUUUCUCUGUCACUGGCAGCCCGAGGGUCGGGCGGGCCGGAUAAAACUCCCACUCCCACCCCGCCCACAAGCCCCGGGGCCGCGACCAUGGAGGACGUGAAGCUGGAGUUCCCCUCGCUCCCGCAGUGCAAAGAAGACGCCGAGGAAUGGACCUACCCUAUGAGACGAGAGAUGCAGGAAAUUUUACCUGGAUUGUUUUUAGGCCCAUAUUCUUCUGCCAUGAAAAGCAAGCUACCUAUACUACAGAAAUAUGGAAUAACCCAUAUAAUAUGCAUAAGACAAAAUAUUGAAGCAAACUUUGUUAAACCAAACUUUCAACAGUUAUUUAGAUAUCUAGUCUUGGAUAUUGCAGAUAAUCCGGUUGAAAAUAUAAUACGUUAUUUUCCCAUGACUAAAGAAUUUAUUGAUGGAAGCUUACAGACUGGAGGAAAAGUUCUUGUCCAUGGAAAUGCAGGGAUCUCCAGGAGUGCUGCCUUUGUUAUUGCAUACAUUAUGGAAACAUUUGGAAUGAAGUACAGAGAUGCAUUUGCUUAUGUUCAAGAAAGAAGAUUUUGUAUUAAUCCUAAUGCUGGAUUUGUCCAUCAACUUCAGGAAUAUGAAGCCAUCUACCUAGCAAAAUUAACAAUACAGAUGAUGUCACCACUCCAGAUAGAAAGAUCAUUAUCCGUUCAUUCUGGACCCACAGGCAGUUUGAAGAGAACACAUGAAGAAGAAGAUGAUUUUGGAAACAUGCAAGUGGCGACUGCACAAAAUGGCUGACUCAAGAGCAAGAUUAUAGAGGAUGUGAAUUUCUAUUUGGGAAGGAGAAAAUACUAGAGAUGAUAAUAAUGUAAAAUGAUAAAAAUACAAAUAGGUUUUUUUUUCCCCCCAAUUAUAUGUUGCUUCCAGACAUGUUUCUCUGCAACUUGUUGAGCAACAUUUUAAGAAGAUGUUGGACUUCUGCAAUAGAUGGCACUGAUGGUUUUACUCCUUUUUUCCUUUUUUUUUUUUUUUUUUUUUUUUUACACUUUACAGUUUUAUUAUAAACCAAGAAUUUUGGACUUGCAAAGAGGUAUUAUUGCAAUAAUGCACUUUUCAUACUUGAAAUUUAUUUGUAUGAUAUAAAGUUAUUACUUUAACAAAAUGUAAGUUGGGGGGAUUUGUUUAUAAAAUCUGGGUAAUUUAUAACGAGAAUUUCCUAAAGUUUGCUAAAAAUUCAUUUUGUGUUCUAUAUAUUACAUUUAAAAAAUGAUUUUACAGUUCACUUUUAUGAUGGAACCUCUUACGGAAACAUUAACAAAUGCAGAUAUCUGCCACAUAUCUGUUUUAGUAUAAUUCAGUAGCUUCAUUACCUUUUUAUUUUUUUAAACUUCUUUAUCCCUUAUUAGUAAUCUUUGAAUCAUGGUAUUAGCCAGCUCUUCUUACUUUAACAUGAUCCAAGUAUUGCUUCCAUUCCUUUUAUCCUCCUAAUUUGUUUAUUCUAAAGAAAAAAAGUAUAAUGAACAAAUGAAGAUGUCUUGCUUGGUAAUACCAGAUACUAAAAAACAAGGAGUUUUAGACUUUUGAGUGACUUUCUUUUUUUCCUUAAAAGCCAAAUGUUGUUUGUUCUUUUUAGAGUUGUUUAGCCCAUUUUUCUUUAUCCAAAAUAGUUCUAAAUAGAAUAUAAAAGCCAAUGUAGCACUAUUUUUUUCUAAAUGAAGCCCAAAAGAGAAAAGUGCCUUGCAUUAUUAAAAAAUUGAAAAUAAAAAAAUAAAUCUUCACGACCUCUAAAUUAGUAUGUAGAACAGUGAAAAGUUUUAACGUUCUUCUGUAAUUUCUUUUUAACUACACAUUAAUUAAAACAGAGUCUGAGGCUUAAAGAAACCUCAGUAUUUAAUGUGAAAUAUUUACUCCUUCAUUUUGUUGUCUUAAUUUGUUCUGGCUCAGAUAGCAGCUUUUCAUUUAUUGGGGAAGUGGUUUGUGAGAAACCUCAUUGUAUUUAAAAUUAGUGUUUUAAUUCUUUACAUUAAGUUAAUCCAAAUUUCCCCAUAACUUGCAUUAAAAUCACUAUAUGGAUCCUUAAUUCUCCAUUAUUUUUAUUUAUACAUAUAAAGAUUGUUCUAAGAAAAACAUUUUUGCUGUUUUAAGUAUGCCAUGAAGGGAGGAGAGGAGUGUUUUUAACUUUUUAUAGUUGAUUUAGGGUAGCACAAACAAAACUCCUUUAUAUCUCACUUUUCAGUCCUCUCUUGAGGUGCUUUACUGAUGGGAAUGAUUUCCAUACGUUCCCUUGGUACCAACAGGUACUAUGCAAGGUAACCCAUUACACCAAGUUACUUGCUUUGCUUUCCUCCCUACAAUGUAAUAUAAUACAGUAAAAAGCUUUUUUAAUCCAGCAUAGCAGGAGAGUGGAAAUGAAUUUAAAUUGUUAUUAAUUUAAGAGUUAAUUCCUGACUGAGGUGGUAUUCUUCUUCUGAUUCCCUUCUCUUCCCGUUUUACCACCUUGAGAAGAGCCUAUUAUUAAUCCCACUGUGGUUUUGUAUUCUGUUGUGUGAUUAGGUCAUGGUAUGGUAGUCUAGUAGAGUCAAGAUUUGCAUUGUGUUCAGAAAUUCCACUUGGCAAAGUGCCAGAUAACACAGCUUUCCUGUAUAUAGUUCACUAUAUAGGUCAGCAAAGAUCUCUCUUGCAAUCUAAUAAUCUGUGAUGUUUCUUCAUUCAGCAGAAAUUCUUCUUAAAAGAAUCCUCAUAAUACUACAUUUAGGUUUUAAAAUGAGGGAGUUAAGAUUUUUAAAAUAGUUUCUUAAAUACACAUAUCCUCUCUAGUCUGGACAAAAAUACAGAUUUGGUCAUUUAUUAAUUUAAAGCUGGUAAUUUUCCACUUUUCCUAACCACUGUUAAUUUUUAUGUUGUCACUAAAGUGCCUGCCCAGCACUGUAUAUUAAAGACUGUCUCCUGAACACUAGGAAAAGGGACUAUCAUCUUCUUGAGUACAGUUCUUAUGGGGACAAAACAUGAAGUUUCUUUCAUGUAAAAAUACCCCAUGUUUUUUUCACCUAAGUUCACCUAGUUCUGGUAGUCUUCUAUUUUAUUCCAUUUCUAUAAUUCUUUUUUCUACAAAUGUUUUGUGAUAGUUACUUGUAACAUACCUAUACAUUUAACCAAUCAUGAUUUAUUUUCUAGACUAUUUGAAUAAUGUAUGAGUGAUGCAGCACCCACUUUUAAACAUUAAAUACGUAAUCUGGGCAAGGAUUUAAAGUGAAAUUGCAGGAAAACUGCUUUAUUGUCCACUUUAAAAGUAUGAAACAAGUAUUGAAAAUAUUCAAACUGGAAUGGCAGUAUUCUUCUAAUUUUAAUUAGUUCAUGUUAGUUUCUUAAUCUAUUAGGUGUCUAAAGAGCAGUUACCUUUAUUUGUAUCUACUCUACAGUGGAAAUGUUAAACCAUGAUAGCUUCUGGCUUCUGAUACCAACUCUCAACCACUUAACUUUUAGAGCAGAAUAUUUGUUUGGGGGGCGGGGGUGGCUUUUGUGCUUCAUCUAAGUUUAGAAGUAAUGUCAGAAAAUGUUAAGCAUGUCUUUUUUAAGAAAAUAUAAGGUUUCUAAUUGUCUAAUUACCAUGGUAAUUCAAGUGAAUUAGAAAUAUUUAACUGCAAUCUUGAAUUAUAAAGUUGGGACGUGUAUAUACACACACACACACACACACACACACACACACACACACAUCAGGAUCUCAACUUGAUGUAAAGUAAAUGAGCAGUUACCUGGCGGAUUUUUUUUUUAACUGGUUUAAUCCGUAAUUCCAUAACAAACAUAGAUUCACUUCAGUAUUUAUCUUUGUCUCUCCCAAAAUGCUCCAAUAUUGAAAUGAUAGGAAAUAACUAAGAAUUACUAAAAGAUUUUAUUUUAUUUUUAGAAAGAUAAGUUUCUAGGAUCUUUGAAUGCUGGAUUUUUUUUGUCUUACCCAUCCAUGGCAGCUAAAAAAGAUAUCAAAAUAUUCAGGUUUACAUGUUAGCUCUCUCAUAGGGAGUUGCCAUACCUCACAGUUCAAAGUGUAUUCUAUAGAUCAGUAACAUUAUACUGACAUGUAAUUGCAAUUUACUAUGCAGCAAAAAUGAUUCAAGAAGAACAAUAACCUACAGUGUCUAUUUACCUUUGUAUAGGCAAUUGCUUAAGUUACUCUGCUUUUAACAUUUGUACUUGGAUAAAAUGCUUAUGUCUGUAUAGGAAUGUCACAGUGCAAGAUGCUGCUAGUCCAGGCACAAAGUAUUAAAAUUAUUUUGUGAAGAUUGGUGGUUGUAUUAAAACUGUUGUGCCAUUAUACCUCAAAAA